AUGUGCAAGCUAUUAAAAGCUUCUUGAACUGAGUGACCUUUCAGGCAGAAUGUAGAUUGAAUGCUCAUACUACUGCUGCCUGUUGCUGAGUGGAAGACAGCAGAAAAUUUGGAUUCAAACAUUUAUUGGUUUUUGUUUUGCUUUGUUUUAUUUCCUUUUGCCUUAAGAAGAUGAACAGUGAAACCACAACCCUGAUAUCCUUGAAGGAGGCAAUGAAAAGGUUGCUGAGGGGUAUAGUAAGGGAGCAAGCAUGGGUCUGCUAUUCUGGGAAGAUGGAGUAGACCACAAACUCCAAGCGUUAGAAGCACAGUUCAGAGAACUAGACUUCACCAAGGAUAACCUGAUGCAGAAAUUUGAACAUCAUAGGAAGACUCUGGCAAGCCAAGCAGCUCAAGAUGAGAUGUGGACAGCAGUUCUGGCACUCAAGUUCACUUCAAUGGAAUUGAAUAUUGUAUACAGCUAUGUCAUUGAAGUACUCAUCCGCUUGCAUACUCGUGUGCUUGAGAAGCUGCCAGAUCUGGUGAGAGGUCUUCCAACCUUAGCCUCUGUCCUCAGACGAAAAGUUAAGAACAAGCGCAUUAGAGUUGUAUGGGAGUCCAUUCUGGAGGAGUGUGGGCUGCAAGAAGGAGAUAUUGCAGCACUUUGUACCUUCUUUAUCGCACAUGGUAACAAGGCAGAACACUAUGCUGCUAAAGUGAGACAGAUGUAUAUCAGAGACAUCACGUUUCUCAUUACCAACAUGGUAAAGAACCAGGCUCUCCAGGACAGUUUGCUGAGGGCUGUGCAGGUAAUUGAGAAGGGGAAAGCAGUUAAGACCCCUGAAGAGCAAAAGUCGUCCCUCAAAGAGUUGAUACCAUCCGUCAAAAACUAACCUAUCAUCCUAUGACCCAGUAAUUCCACCUCUAGUAAUUUAUCUUGCAAAUGGCAAAAAUAUACACAAUUUAUUAUAUUCUUAUUUUUAUAGCAAAGAGAGGAUGUUAAAUAAAUUAUGACAAAUUGACACAAUAGAUACUUUCUUUGUAGCCAUAUAAAAGAAUGAAGAAGCUCUUUGUGUAAUGAUAUGAAGUUAUCACCAAAUGCGGUGUUCUUUUCAAAUAUUUAUUUCCAAUAUAUAUUGCUAAGUGGUGCAAAACCAAAUAUGUGUGUGUGUGUGUGUGUGUGUGUGUGUGUGUGUGUGUGUGUAUGUGUGUGUGUAUAAUGCAUAUGAGUUUAUAUAUCCAUAAACUUCUUCUGCAGAGAUAGACAAGAAAGUGAUAAUAUUAGUUGUCAGGAAAGAAAACUAAGGGGGUCAAAGAUAAGAGGAAGUCUUUUCACUGUUAAUCCAUUUUGCACAUUUUCAAUUUUGAACCAUGUGAAUAUAUUACAUAUUUAAAAAAUAAACAAGGCUGGGCAUGGUGGCUCAAGCCUGUAAUCCAAGCACCUUGGGAGGCCAAGGUAGGAGGAUCACUUGAGCUCAGGAGUUUGAGACCAGCCUGGGCAACAUAGUGAUAGCAAUAGGAGGCAGGUAAAUUCCUAGGUAAACAGGGAUGGGUCCCUUGUGAAACUCAACCUUCAAGCCAAGGACAGUCUACAGCCUAAAAACCAAGCUAUGAGUUCCAGAUAAAUCCAUGAACCCAACUGAGAACUCCCAUUCUUGUUUGGCACUCUCUCCUGAUUGGUCCUUAUCCUUCACCUAUUUUACACAUAACUACCCUUCCCCGAUUGGUCCUCUACACUAUCGUGCCUAUUACUGAAUGGUGCUUUUUCAAGCAUACCCACAGACCAACCAGCAUGCACUUCCCCAUUUCUAGCCCAUAAAAACCUAUAGACUCAGGCUCGUGGCCAGCAACCCACCUUCAGAUCCUCUCUCACCAUCAAGAGCCUUCCUGUCACUCAAUAAAAUCCACUCUGCCUUACUUACUCUCCAGUGUCCACGUACCUCAUUCUUCUCAGUCAUGGGACAAGAACUCAGAACUCAUCGAACUAUGGGAGUAAAAGAGCUGUAACAGUAGUGAGACCUUGUCUCUAUUUUCAUAAAUUAAAA